AUGAGUUCAGAUAAUGGGGAUAGUACAGUUGGAUUAGAGCUGGAUGAUUUAUUUGGAAUCGACAAGUUAAACUGGACAUUUGAGAAGGAUGCAGUCUCCCCUCUUUUCGACAUUGGAUUGACCGAAUUAGGUGUGGGUGACGCAACAGAUCAAGAUUUUUGGCUCGGCACAUCCAGGACCCCAUCGCCCGAAGGAGUGUCUGCUGGUCAGAAAAGGAAGUGGAGAGAUGACCCGUCUGGGCACAUGAUCAACAAAAAUGCCAUCGCUGCGCGAAUGAAUCGUCUGAAAAAGAAGGAAUACGUGAACGGGCUGGAGAAUAAAGUUGGGUCUCUGUCGUCAGAAAACCGCAUACUCAAACAGGAAAACGUCCAAUUGAAUAAGCGGGUAGAAGAGUUGGAAGAUGAGACGAGGUACCUGAGAGCCGUGUUGGCCAACGAGAGCAUGUUAGCCCAGCUGUUGUCAAGGCUGAGCGGUGUGAACGGCAUGAAAUUAUCUUCCUCGCUUUUCCAGGGGUCCAACAAGAACGACGACCACGAUUAUGCCUUGCCCAGGAAACGUGUGAAGGUGGAGGAGAAGGAGACCUCUGGCGGCGUCUGUCUGCACGUGGACAAGAACAACGUCUCAGUGGAGUUCUGCACUAAGUGUGCAGAGAGUGCAAGCACGUCACUCAAAAUGUAGGGUCAAGUACUUUUAUCUGUUUUCAGAUGUUGAGACUGAACCUGAUUAACUUCAGAGUAAUGAACGUCAGGGGAAUUUGUGAACACUGUUAAAACUAUUUGAGAACAUUACUUAAGAAAUGUUGAAUGAUUUUGAGCAUGUGUGAAAAAUCUUAUGAAACCAAUGAUUUAAGUACACGUUACUCGUUAAACCUUGUUGCCAGUUUUCUUCUAGGUGAUGAUUGUUCUACCAUGCUGGAUGAAUGGGUUACAGAACGUCCCUGUCUGCUUGGCUCCAUGGUAAGGAUCUCAGAUCAAGAAAAGCUGAUGAUUUGAUCAAUUCUAAGAUGUGUUUUUCAAGUUUUAUUUCAAGUUUUAUUUAUCUUAGUCUACACCAGCGGCUUUUUAAAGUAACAUUAAGUUUACACUGGAACAUAUCUUUCCGUCAUAGUUUUUGAGUAAUUACUUAAAUAUAUGUUUGAAGGUCUUUUCUUUUAAGUUCUAUGCAUCACGCAUAUAACCUGUAAAUAUUAAAUCAAACUGAUUGCACUCCCAAAUAUAAAGAAAUGGGGUGUUGUUGAAUUUAAGUCAAGCUUCAUUGUAAUCGUUAAAAAAAAAAAUGUAAAUAGAGUACAGUGAGGUUUCACAAAGAGUUUUCAUAGUAUACGAUUAUUAGUUAAUAUUGGCUCUCAAACCAGAAUGGGUAAAAACAACAAAUAUAAAUGGUUACCAUGGUUUGGUUAGAAAUAGUCUUUUUGUGAAACGUCACUAUUCUGCUGAAGGAUGUUUUCAUUUAGCGCCCCUAUUUUUCUUUAUUGCUAAAGUGGAUUCUGCUGUUGGGGAAGCUGAAGAGGCGGGACCCGCUGCUGCCAACUUGGCCUGGUAUUUUUUUAAAGGUAGUAUAACAAAGGGUGUAAGUGACUACAUUUAACCAGUAACCCAUAACACCUUUGAAAAAAGUAGUGAAUUUAUUGUGGAUGACAAGUGUUCCACUACCUAUUGCAUUGACAAUAUCAGAGGUCCUAUAACGGUUUGUUCACAAGUUUAACCUGACUUGUUGACACAUUGGUAUGUAACCCAGUUGUUCAAAAAACUAGUCAAACUAUCUUAUUAUCGAUGUGAUCCUGAUAGAAAUGGACAUCACCAAUUUUGUAUAAAGUGACAAUCUGUCUUAAAAAAUGUUAUGUAAAAUACAAAGAUGUUGUGCCAGGAAACAUGUCCCAACUUUUUUUUCCUAAAUGAGAGAACAAUGUUUCAGGAACAUGGGUAUGAUUAAAUGAUUGACAAUAAAUCUUAUUUUGAUUAUACA